CAAGCACUGCCGUCUCUCCUACGGGUCCAGCUAUUCCAGACCGUCUACGACUGGAUUCAUCUAUUCUCCCGUCGGCCAGGAUUUAGGUAUACGUCAUCGACAGUCGACGCUUGUCACUUAGCCCGCCUUGUAUCGCGGACGACAAGGUGAACAUCACGUGCCUAGUCAAAGGUGCCAUCACCGACCCUCGACGAUGCGAUCGUUUGUCAUCCUGUUCUGUGCCAUUCUGGCCCUAAUUGUCUCGCCCGCGCUGGCAGCACGCAAAUCUGGCAGUGAUGGCGCCUCAUCGAAGCUGGCCGGCUUCAUCGCCCGUACAAAAGCUUCGCCAAACAAUCUGAUCCAGCUCAAAGACGCGCAAGAUUUUGCCUCGCUGACGGGCGUCCCACGAGACUACUCGGUCUCUGCGCUCCUGACAGCCGUCGAUUCCGGCGUUCCCUGCCAGCCUUGCCUCAACUUCCAGCCAAAUUACGAGGCAGUCGCAAGGAGCUGGCGGAAAGUGAAAGGGGGUGAGAAGCGCCACGUCUUCUCGCAGAUCGAGUUCAAGGAUGGCAGAGAAAUCUUCCAGCAGCUUGGGCUGUCCUAUGCGCCCGUGCUCCUGUACUUUCCGCCCACGACGGGCGAGCACGGCCUUGGGCCCAACGCCGAGCCGGUGCAGUACGACUUCAACCGGCUUGGCUUUGAAGGCGGCGACGUGGCCGCAGAGCUGUCCAAGCAGAUCGGUGUCGACGUCCCGUACCGCGCACCGUUCCCUUGGAAGUUUGCCUUGACAGCCACCUUGGUCGCCGUGUCGCUCACGACGCUUCUCAUUGUCGUGCUGCCCCGCCUCUCCUCGUCCCAUUUCAAUGCCUCGGGCGCUUUCGGGGUCCUCAUCCAGGUUGCCACACUCUCGACCAUCACCGUCAUGUGUGCUGGGCACAUGUGGAAUGGGAUCCGGGGUGCGCCAUAUAUGAUGAUGGGCCAAGGCGGCAAGCCAGAGUACUUUGCCAGCGGCUUUCAGAACCAGUACGGGGCCGAAACGCAAAUUGUCGCCAUCAUCUACGGCCUGCUGGCCUUUGCGACGGUCUCGCUCACGAUUCUCGUGCCCAAACAGCGGGAUCCGGUCCGACAGCGCGCUGGCGUCUAUGUGUGGUCGGCCAUCUUGCUCGGCACGUUCAGUCUUCUCUUCUACGUCUUCCGCAUCAAGAACCCGUCGUACCCUUUCAGGCUCUUCUUGUAGUGGAGAGAAAGAAUUUUCAAAAGAAAACGAGAGAAAUCAAUCAGAAGCAAAUAGGAAGAACUGAAGACUGAGGUUAUGAAU